CUUCACCAUCUAGAGAGAACUUUUCAAAACAGAGUGAAUUGAUCAAAAUCAGACUCGAAGUCUAGAAGAAUAAUUAUACAAAAUUUCAACCUCAAAAGAUCACACAUAUUUUCAAUAAAUCAACCUAUACUUGGAUCAAUAACCAAUAAAGGUUUCGAUAAAUUAAGCUAUGAAGCUUGUUUGAUGGAGGACAAUAAAGCCAACAUAAUAGCCGUUUCAUCGGUUGUGUUUCUCAUCAUUGUAAUCAUCAUCACCCGUGUGAUUCUUGAUCUGUCAAAAACAUUUUUUCUCAUUGUUGGAGCGGCUGUUGCGGCCAUUCUUGCAGUCAUUUUGUUGUAUAUCGUCAGAAGACAUCUCCAUAAAAGGCGCAGGGUGAUGGAAACAAGACUUGCAUCAGAAGGAAAAGAACUCAGGAUUGAAUAUAGCUUCCUUCGAAAAAUAGCCGGUCUUCCUACAAAGUUUCGAUACGUAGAACUUGAAGAAGCUACUGAUUGUUGGAAGUGUUUAGUUGGCAAAGGAGCAUCUGCUUGUGUUUACAAAGGGCUGAUGAAAGAUGGGACGGAAGUCGCCGUUAAAAGGAUCCAACGGGAAGAAGAAGAAAGAGGAGAGAAGGAGUUCAGAUCCGAGAUUGCGGCCAUUGCUAGUGUUCAACACGUUAACCUGGUUCGUUUAUAUGGUUAUUGCAUACACAACAAGUUACGGUUUCUUGUGUAUGAAUUCAUUCCAAAUGGGUCUUUAGCCGAUUGGAUCUUCUCACCGGGGGCGAGGAACAAAGACGACAAAGUCUCUGCUAGUGGGUGCUUGUCGUGGGAUCUAAGAUCCGCUGUUGCAUUAGAUGUUGCCAAAGCUUUGGCAUAUUUGCAUCAUGAUUGUCGGUCAAGAGUUCUUCACCUUGACGUGAAACCCGAGAACAUACUUCUAGAUGAAAACCACCGUGCCAUCGUGUCGGAUUUUGGUUUAUCAAAGCUAAUGACACGAGAUCAGAGUCGAGUUCUAACAACAUUGCGUGGGACGAAAGGCUAUCUAGCGCCCGAAUGGCUGUUAGAGCUUGGAGUAACAGACAAGUCUGAUGUUUUUAGCUAUGGAAUGGUGUUGUUGGAGCUCAUCGGUGGGAGAAGGAAUGUGACCGUCAUAGACACCGGUGGAGGCAGUGACCGGUCAAAGAGAAAGUUUCAAUAUUUUCCAAAAAUUGUGACCGAAAAGCUCAAAUCAGGACGGAUCAUGGAGGUGGUUGACCGACGGCUUUUGGAUCUUGGAGGUAUUGAUGAAAAAGAAGUGAAAAAGUUGGUAUUCGUGGCGUUAUGGUGCAUACAAGAAAAGGUACGACGGAGGCCGACAAUGUUGGAGGUGGUGAAGUGGUUGGAAGGGCAGCUCGCCGUUGGUGAGCCACCUGAGACACAAAUGAUAAUCGUUGAUCUUUUAUCGAUCGAAGAUAAUGAUGAAGACGGAAAUGAAGGGCAGAAUUGUAAUAUUAAAAAGAAGCCAAAGGUUGUGGCAAGAGUAGCAUCCGAAUUGAAUGGUUCUUUGCCAACUAGUUCUUUGUCUUCAAAAUCGUUUUCAUAUUCAAUGUCAAUUGUUUCGCCUAGAUAGAUACAUGUGUUUUAAUAUGUAUCAGGAAAAUUCAAAUAGUUGAUAUGUUAUUGAAAACACUCUUAUUUUUUUGAAA